AUGGCUACUAUUAUAAGUGAAAGUGAUUCAGAUUAUGAAGCUAAAAUAAGUCAAUUAAUAUUUAUAGAAGGAAGUAAAAAUAAUUCUAAUGAAAUAUUACAAGAAACUGAAGAAUUAGAAAAAGAAGUUAAAAGUCAUAUUUGUCUUGAUGUUAUAAAAGCAUCUUUAAUGAGUGAUACAAGUUCAUAUAUUUGUAAAGAGGGUGAAAAAUUAGAAGAACUUUAUUCUACAGUUAAUAAGUGA